CUGCAAGUCUGGUCUGGUGGGGUUUCCCUGCAUUCGUAAAACGACUGCAGAAACGUGUACUAGAGUUUUGACUGAGUUUCUUUGCAGAAAACUUUAAACCCAACAAAAUGCGUCCAUCUCGCUCUACGCGCCAGCAGGCCCCCCAGCCUCCCUCCACCAGGAUGGGUUUGCGGAGUUUCCGUAAUGUGCCCAUGGAGACAUCCUCUUCUUCAUCAGAUGACAGCUGUGACAGUUUUGGCUCUGACGGUGGCUUUGCUAACACAAAAAGUAGCUUCAGAGAAGCUAGGAAGGUGGCGGAGAGAGCCAAGGUGUUUGAGGCCACCUCGGAAGAAGAGUCUCUCAGUGGGUUUGAGAAUGCCUUCAGCAGUGAAAUGAGUGCCAUGAGAGUGGACUCUGACUCUGAGGAGUCAGUUGAGCCGCGGAAGAGGAGCCGCCGGUCCCAAACCCUUAAGGUGGCCAUGAAAUUCCCCACCAGGAGGGCCAGCCAGAAGAAGACUACUGCAGCAGAGCCCCCUAAACAGCCCAAAGUUUCUCCCAAACAGUCCGACACUGAGGAUGGAGACAACUUCAUGGACAAGAGAGCACUUAACAUCAAGGAGAACAAAGCCAUGCUUGCAAAGCUGAUGGCAGAACUCAACAAAAUACCUGGCUUCCCUAGAAGAACGUCCCUGCCCAUGAUGAAUGCGCCUCGUCGCGCCCCACGCCGGUCUCUGGGAGCCCCUGGACCCCGCAGGAGGAACCCUGAGCGUACCUCUAGGCCCCACACUCGCUCCCGCUCCCUGGUGGACGGCCCCCCCAGCCCCCCAUCAGAGGAGGAAGAGGAGGACAAGUUCAGCCUGGUGCGCAGGAGCCGCUACUACGAGGAGGUGGAUGAAGCGAAGGAGCCCCGUCGGCGCAGCUACAACGGGGUGCUGGCCAUUCCUCAUGUGGUGCGGCCUGUGGAGGACAUCUCCCAGAUGGAGCUGGAUCUGAUCGCAGGCAACGUGCGGGAGAAGGUCUACAACAGAUCCACUGGAUCCACUUGCCAUCAGUGCCGCCAGAAAACGAUCGACACCAAGACCAACUGCCGUAACCCAGAGUGUGUGGGAGUAAGGGGUCAAUUCUGUGGCCCAUGUCUCCGUAACCGCUACGGAGAGGAGGUCCGAGAUGCCUUGCUGGAUCCUGAGUGGGAGUGUCCGUCAUGCAGAGGGAUCUGCAACUGCAGCUUCUGUAGAGCCAGAGAGGGUCGCUGUGCCACUGGAGUCCUGGUCUACCUGGCUAAAUACCAUGGCUACGACAACGUCCAUUCUUAUCUCAAGAGUCUGAAGAAGGAAAUGGAAGAGAGCCAGUAAAUCAUGGAGAAUGUAACCUGAUUCUGGAUCUGACUGACAAUGUUCUCAUGUGAUAUGGCUUUUAUAUUCCAUAAUGCAAAACUGUUGAUUCUUCCAUUACUGAUUCUGUAAAUUUUUACAUUGUUUUAAAUGUAUACGGUUUUACUGUCAAUUACUCCAUGCAACUGGGUAUGUUUAUACUGUGAUGUUUGCCUGUGACGUUCUCACUUUUAACCUGCAAGUUUGGAUAAAAACAAUAUGUAUAAAUUGGUUGUCCUCUACUAUGUUAAUUGUACUCGAGUCGUCCAUUUUUUGUAUAAGAAAAUUAGCUUUCGACUUAAAUAAGGUUUAUUCUCUCUUCCCAAUGUCACAUGGUUACUUUUGACUCUGCUCAGUAGUCCACCAUUGUACCAUCAUACCCCUGAGGUGGUGAGGGUGGAAAGGGCACAGCUAGUGGGGGCUAUUUCCCCCUCCUGAGCAGAGAGAAGCUAUGAUAUAGUACAGUGCCUGGUUAAAUCCUUCAUUAGAUAACUGUUACUAAUGGUGUGGAAACAAUUAGCAGUCUGUAAUGGGAAUCUCAUACCUGUAAAUCAUUUAUCCUAUUAAAGCACUUCCUUGCUCUGGUC